AAGAAAAAAAAAAAUAUAGAAAAUACCUGGCAGGCCGCCAGAGCGGGAACCACGCUCGCCAUGUUUCAGGCUUUCAGCAACCGGCCGCGAGCUCUUUCGUCUUCAUGAUUCCGCCAUAUUCCCACAUUUAAUGUUACAUUCAUGCGCUCGAAGCACCGGUCUUCACUUCGCCUCACCAUUCCAAUUCAGUUUUCAGACCACUCGAUUCCAAUACAGAAGCUUCCUUCACCCCGUUCUCGGUUCAGCUUCAUCGUCCCCACUUCCUCUUCCAAGUACAGAGCCAGUUUCUUCCGUUCACGUUGACCUCCUCACUCUGUGUUCCAACGCUCAAUCUCUUCGUCAAACCAAACAACUCCAUGCUCUUUGCCUCCUCAAUGGCUUACUUCCCCACAGCGUCUCGCUCUGCGCUUCCCUUAUUCUCGAUUACGCCACGUUCCGAGACCCAGAAUCGUUUCGUAUUCUGUUCCAUCAAACUGUCCAGAAUUGCCGCACUGCGUUCCUGUGGAAUACCUUGAUUCGGGCUCACUCCAUAGCCGGCAACGGGAUGAUUGAUGGGCUCCAGACGUAUAACAGGAUGGUUCGAAGCGGUGUUCAACUCGAUGACCAUACAUUUCCUUUCGUUCUCAAGUUGUGUUCCGAUUCGUUAGAUAUUUGCAAAGGUAUGGAGGUUCAUGGGGUUGUUUCCAAGUUGGGCUUUGAUUCAGAUGUCUAUGUUGGGAAUACGCUGUUGAUGCUGUAUGGGAAUUGUGGGGUUGUAAGUGAUGCGAGAAGGGUGUUCGACGAAAUGCCGGAAAGAGAUGUUGUUUCAUGGAAUACGAUUCUUGGGCUCCUUUCGGUUAAUGGGGAUUAUAGGGAGGCUCGUAAUUAUUACUUUUGGAUGACUUUGAGGUCUGGGAUUCAACCAAAUGUGGUGAGUGUCGUUAUUUUGUUACCCAUUUCUGCUGCCCUCGAAGAUGAGGAGAUGACAAGGCGAAUUCAUUGUUACACCAUGAAAGCUGGUUUGGAUUCUCAGGUAACUACUUGCAAUGCACUUGUCGAUGCAUAUGGGAAAUGUGGGAAUGUGAAAGCUUCGUGGCAAGUUUUUGAUGAGAUGGUUGAGAGGAAUGAAGUUUCAUGGAAUGCAAUAAUCAAUGGUCUAGCUUGUAAGGGUCAUUUCUGUGAUGCCUUGGAUGUUUUCAGGAUGAUGAUUGAUGCAGAAGUUAAGCCAAACUCUGUCACCAUUUCUAGUAUUCUACCUGUGCUGGUUGAACUUGAGUAUUUCAAAGCAGGGAAAGAAAUUCAUGGGUUCAGUAUGAGGAUGGGAACAGAAACUGAUAUUUUCAUUGCAAAUUCAUUGAUUGAUAUGUAUGCAAAAUCUGGCCAUUCAACUGAGGCAUCUUGCAUAUUCCACAACAUGGAUAGAAGGAAUGUUGUUUCUUGGAAUGCUAUGAUCGCCAAUUAUGCUCUAAAUGGGCUUGCGUUAGAAGCAAUAAGACAAGUAAUACUAAUGCAAGAGACUGGAGAAAAUCCAAAUGCAGUGACCUUCACCAAUGUUCUUCCCGCUUGUGCACGUUUGGGUUUCCUUGGACCUGGCAAAGAAAUACAUGCCAUUGGCAUUCGUUUAGGACUAACAGCCGAUAUGUUUGUUUCCAAUGCUCUGACAGACAUGUAUGCGAAAUGCGGUUGCCUUCAUUCUGCUCGAAAUGUCUUCAACACCUCCCAUAAAGAUGAAGUUUCUUAUAACAUAUUGAUUCUUGGAUAUUCUGAAACUAGCGAUUGCUUGGAGUCACUGAAUUUGUUCUCGGAGAUGAGGUUGCUUGGUAGGAAGCCGGAUGUUGUUUCCUUUGUGGGUGUCAUAUCAGCUUGUGCAAAUCUAGCUGCAGUCAAGCAAGGAAAAGAGAUCCACGGUGUAGCAUUAAGAAAUCAUUUUUACUCUCAUCUUUUUGUCUCAAACUCCCUUUUGGACUUCUAUACAAAAUGUGCAAGAAUUGAUCUUGCCUGUAAGGUCUUUAACCAAAUUCUAUUCAAAGAUGUAGCCUCUUGGAAUACUAUGAUUUUAGGAUACGGAAUGAUAGGAGAGUUGGAGACUGCAAUUACUAUGUUUGAAGAAAUGAGAGGUGAUACUGUGCAAUAUGACUUAGUUUCAUAUAUUGCAGUUCUCUCAGCUUGCAGUCAUGGAGGACUAGUUGAACAAGGUUGGAAAUACUUCAGUGAGAUGCUAGCUCAAAAUCUUGAACCAACCCAAAUGCACUAUGCAUGUAUAGUCGAUCUACUCGGCCGUGCUGGUUUUGUGGAAGAGGCAGCAGAGCUUAUCCGGUGCCUUCCUAUAGCCCCAGAUGCAAAUAUUUGGGGAGCUCUACUCGGGGCUUGCCGAAUUUACCGAAAUGUUGAGCUAGGGUGUUGGGCAGCAGAACAUUUAUUUGAGAUAAAGCCUCAGCAUUGUGGAUACUAUAUUCUUCUUUCAAAUAUGUAUGCUGAAGCAGGAAGAUGGGAUGAGGUAAACAGGGUUAGGGACCUGAUGAAGUCUAGAGGAGCGAAGAAGAACCCUGGCUGUAGCUGGGUUCAGAUUCACGAUCAGGUGCAUACUUUUAUGGCUGAAGAGAGAGCAGAGGGAUUUGAAUCAGGUGGUUGGUUAGCAGAAUCCUUCUGAUCUGAUAAGUUAUUCCAACGACAAAUGAAGUAUCAUGGGUGGGAGGCAAUUUCUUCUCAGCUUGCAACUUUCACCACAUCCAAUUACUUCGUACCAGAACGUAUACAAUAAAGGAUUAGAACUCAACAGCUCAAACAUGGCUACACACAAGUAUCUAGUCUCGUCAUAAUGCCAAUCAAAGUUCGUAUCAUUUACCAACAACACCACCUGAGAAGAGUUCAAGUGGUCAAACAUUAAUGUUUCUUUUCUAUGAAGAUUGUAGGUUCAAAUUCCUUGUCCUUCCAUUGUAAUGUAAUAUUCUAAAAUAAAAAGCAACUUGAGAGUGCUACCUAGUGGCAUUUCCAAGUUCAUGCCUACAGGCAGACACAAGCUUUGUAUGGGAAAAAAGAUAAAAAAGAUUGGAAACAAAGAAGUUCCUGCACAUUGACUGGACAAAA